AUGGACGAGUACGUAGGCAUUCCGAAAGACCAUCCGGAAAGCUACCAUUCGUUCAUGUGGAACAACUUCUUCAGCCACAUCGACAUCAAACCCGAAAACGUCAACAUCCUGAACGGCAAUGCGCCCGACCUAUGCAAGGAGUGCGCCGACUACGAAGCCCGUAUCCGGGCCGCAGGCGGCAUCGAUUUGUUCAUGGGCGGCAUCGGCCCCGACGGACACCUCGCGUUCAACGAACCUUUUCGAUACGAUCAUCGCGAACUCGCGCUUUUUCGGCGGCAACGUCGACUUGGUUCCCAAAACGGCGUUGACCGUGGCGUGGGCACCGUGAUGGACGCCCGCGAGGUGAUGAUCCUGACGAUGGGACACAACAAAGCGCGCGCGCUGGCCGCCGGCAUCGAAGGCGGUUACAGCCACCAGUGGACGAUCAGCGCGUUGCAAGUACAUCCCAAAGGAAUCAUCGUCUGCGACGAGGACGCAACCGACGAACUGAAAGUAGGUACUUACAAAUACUUCAAAGACAUCGAGUCGGCGAACCUCGAUCCGGCGAAACUACGAAAAAAUCAUAUUCUCGAUGGUCGGAGUCAGCAAGACUUUCACGAACCAGAAAAAGUGCUGAACGGCAUCUACCUGUCGUUUUUCUACGGGGCUAAAAUCGGGAUCAUCGGGCUGAACGGCUCCGGGAAAUCGACGCUGAUGAAGAUCAUCGCCGGGCUGGACAAGAAUUUCCAGGGCGAAGUGGUCUUCUCUCCGGGCUAUACGGUCGGCUACCUCGAACAGGAACCGCAGUUGGACGAUACGAAAACCGUCCGCGAAGUGGUCGAGGAAGGGUGCGCCGACGUGGUCGCGCUGCUGAAAGAGUACGAAGAGGUCAAUGCGAAGUUCAUGGAGCCGAUGGACGACGACCAGAUGGCGAAGCUGAUCGAACGGCAGGGCGAGCUGACCGAACUGAUCGACCACAAGAACGGCUGGGAACUGGACGCCACGCUCGAACGCGCGAUGGACGCGCUGCGGUGUCCGGACGCCGACCAAUCCGUCAAACACCUGUCGGGCGGCGAACGCCGCCGCGUGGCGCUGUGCCGGCUGCUGUUGCAGCAACCGGACGUACUGCUGCUCGACGAGCCGACGAACCACCUCGACGCCGAGAGCAUCGACUGGCUCGAACAGCACCUGCAACAGUACAAGGGAACGGUCAUCGCCGUUACGCACGACCGCUAUUUCCUCGACAACCAGUUGGCUCGAACAGAAAUCGAACCGUCUCGCGCAGGAAGAGAAGCAGGAGAGCAAACGGCGCAAAACGCUGGAGCGCGAGCUGGAAUGGUUCGCAUGGCCCCGUCCGCCCGCCACGCGAAGAGCAAAGCCCGUCUGUCGGCCUACGACAAGAUGCUGAACGAAGAUACGAAACAAAAGGAGGAAAAACUCGAAAUCUACAUCCCGAACGGCCCGCGCCUCGGCGAUGUGGUGAUCGAAGCGCAGGACGUGUCGAUGGGCUACGGCGACCGGCUGCUGUACGAACACCUGAGCUUCUCGUUGCCGCCCGCCGGAAUCGUCGGCGUGAUCGGCCCGAACGGGGUCGGCAAGACCACGCUGUUCCGGCUGAUUAUGGGGAUCGAAAAGCCGCUGCACGGCUCGUUCCGCGUCGGCGAGACGGUCAAGCUGGCCUACGUCGACCAGCAACACGCGUCGAUCGACCCGGAAAAGACGGUUUACCAGGUCAUCUCGCAGGACAGCGAGCUGAUCCAGCUCGGCGGCCGCAGCGUCAACGCCCGGGCCUACGUGUCGCGCUUCAACUUCAGCGGCGCCGACCAGGAGAAAAAGUGCGGCGUGCUGUCGGGCGGCGAACGCAACCGGCUGCACCUGGCCCUCGCGCUGAAGGAGGAAGGCAACGUGCUGCUGCUCGACGAGCCGACCAACGACAUCGACGUCAACACGCUGCGCGCCCUCGAAGAAGGGUUGAAUAACUUUGCAGGAUGCGCCGUAGUGAUCUCGCACGACCGCUGGUUCCUCGACCGCAUCGCCACGCACAUCCUCGCGUUCGAAGGCGACUCGCAGGUCGUGUUUUUCGAAGGCGGUUACAGCGAAUACGAAGAGAACAAGCGCAAACGCCUCGGCGACGACAACCCGCACCGGCGUAUGAAAACCUCACUCGGACACCUACCGCAGCGCAAAGCGGAGGAACUCGAAAUCCUCACAAAGUACAUCCGCAGGGCCGUACCGGCCCAAAUGGUUAUCUUGUUCGGCAGCUAUGCGCGCGGCAACUGGGUCGAACUCGACGAACGGUUCGACUACGGGGUUCAUACGACUUUCCAAAGCGACUACGAUAUCCUGGUGCUAGUCGAGCACGGAGUGGAACCUUACGGGGCCGCACGGAAGUUGGAUCGUGUAGAAGAUGUUUUCGCAAGAAACACCCGUUCGGAUACCCCGGUCAGUUUUAUACUGGAACAUAUCCAAACUUUUAAUAAAUAUCUCGCAGAAGGUCGGUAUUUCUGGACGGACAUCGCCGAGGAAGGAAUCAUGCUGUACGACAGCGGAAAGUUUACGCUCGAAACACCGUGCGAACUGAAUGCACAGGAGUUUAAAGGACAGGUACAGGAAUAUUUUGAGGAAUGGAACGGUCGCGGAGAAACAUUCUAUAAAUACGCUGCCCUAGCGCACUCCAACAAAGAUCAUAAAUUUUCCAUUUUCAAUUUCCAUCAAGCAUGUGAUCUUUCCUCCACACGAUCAGACUGA